CAACGAUAUGUGGCUCGUCAGUAAACCACCAGGGUCGUUCCCAAACAGCUGAUACUCUCCCUGCAGUGGAGUUUUUGUCUUCCUUUCAGGUCACCAAGUACUCGCCCACGAAUACACACACCUUUCUCCUUGCCCGGAACCCUUCUGUCUGGGGCUAAGAGGCCAGGAAAGGAGUGGAAAGGCAAAGCAAGGUGAACCAUAGACCCUGGGAGUGGAGUAUCUGAAGGAGAGAGGAGCCAGACAUAACCCUUCACCAUGGCUGGACGCUUUACGGUCCUCAGAAGCUUGGCCCUCCUGGAGAUGCUAUGCCUGGCUCUGGCUCAAGUGAGUGGUCCACCUGGACCACAGGGCCCAGCCGGUCCUCCAGGCCCUUCGGGAAUUCCCGGAGCCGACGGCAUUGAUGGUGAAAAGGGACCUCCUGGCCCUUCUGGACCACCUGGUCUAAAGGGGGAUCCUGGUGAACCAGGCCCAGACGGACCUCCUGGGGACGAUGGGAUUGAUGGUUUGAUUGGGGGAAAAGGUGAAAGGGGUCCCAUCGGACGACCUGGUCCAAAGGGUCAGCCAGGGCCUUCAGGUCCUCCAGGACCGCCUGGACCUGGGCUUCCAGGACUUGCUGGACCACCAGGCCAAAUUGGAUUUCCUGGAAAAAUUGGCAUCACUGGACCUAAGGGGGUGAUGGGAACUCCUGGACCACCGGGGUUGCCAGGACCUCCAGGGAAACCUGGACUGCCAGGAAAGUUCUUGGGGGGAGAAGAAGGCAGUGCUGAUAUCCAGUGCCCCACCAACUGUCCUCCUGGGCCUAAGGGUCCACCAGGACUACUCGGCAUAAAGGGGCACAAAGGUCGUGCUGGUAUACUGGGAGAGCCAGGAAUCAUUGGAAAAAUGGGCACAAAGGGAGAUGUUGGAAUCUCUGGUGAGCAAGGAAUUCCAGGCCCUCCAGGUCCACAGGGACUGAGGGGUUACCCAGGAAUGAUAGGGGCCAAGGGGGAAAGAGGCCCUACUGGUUACAAAGGCAUUACUGGACCUGUUGGCAUCCCUGGAAUCCCUGGUAAGGAGGGAGCCCAAGGGCCUCCUGGAGAUGCUGGGGAGAAAGGUUAUAUGGGUGAACGAGGCAUCCAAGGGCCACAGGGAGGAGUGGGAAAGAAGGGUGAGAAUGGACUUCCAGGGAUUGAUGGAAAAGAUGGCACACCUGGUAUCCCAGGAAUAAAGGGAUCUCUGGGUCAGAGUGGCAGACCAGGUCCGCCUGGCCACCAGGGGACAGCGGGUUUGCCUGGGAGUCCAGGGACCAAAGGUGGAGUGGGAGAUAAGGGUGAGUCAGGACCCAGAGGCUUGGUAGGAAUGUCAGGAUCUCCAGGUCCCCAGGGUGAACCUGGACCUCCAGGUGAAGCUGGCAUGGAAGGGGUUCCAGGACCAAAGGGUGACAGGGGUGAGAGAGGACCAGUUGGGCCUCAAGGAAUUGUUGGCAAGCCUGGAAUUAAGGGAGAGAGAGGGCCAAUGGGCAUACCAGGAGCUCAAGGCCUUCCCGGGACCAAGGGUGACAAGGGAUUUCAAGGCAAAUUGGGAUCAAAAGGAGAUUUUGGUGAUCCAGGUGUAGAAGGCCUGGCUGGAGAGAAAGGAGAAAAGGGACAGUCCGGUGAACCUGGCCCCAAGGGGCAGCAAGGAGUGAGGGGUGAGCAAGGACACAAUGGUCCCACUGGUGAUCCUGGUAAACUAGGAGACCAGGGUCCGGCAGGUCUGCCUGGACCCCGUGGCCUGCACGGGGAGAGAGGAGUACCAGGCAUGCCAGGAAUACAGGGAGCAGCUGGCCGGGAUGCUUCAGAUCAGCACAUCAUUGAGGUGGUCUUGAAGAUGAUACAAGAGAAGUUAGCUGCCCUAGCAGUGAGUGCUAAAAGGGGUGCGCUGGGCGGAGCCGGAGUGAUGGGACCACCAGGCCCUCCAGGGCCUCCUGGAUCUCCAGGCUCACAGGGGCCUCAUGGACUCCCAGGUUCUCGUGGCAUUCCUGGCAUGAUAGGAGCUCCUGGUCAAAUUGGGAACACUGGGCUUAAAGGAAAGAGAGGUGCAAAGGGAGGGAGAGGAGACCCUGGCCAACCCCACCCAGGCCAGCCAGGGCCCCCUGGCCUUCCAGGUCCUCCAGGUCUGGAUGCCGUGGCCCGGGACGGAAAGGCAGGAGAAAGGGGGCCGCAGGGCAUGGCAGGUGAGGCGGGCUAUCCCGGCAAGGCUGGUCCUCCUGGCCUCCCUGGCUUCUGUGAAGCAGCGGCAUGCUUGGCGGCUUCAGCUUACACUUCUCCCAGACUGCAGGAGGCCGGAAGUGUCAAGGGGCCAUCCACUUAACACAGGCAGCUCACUGGAGCCUAACAACAUCAGAGAGAGAGAGACAGAAAGAGAGACACACAGUCCUUUCCUCCACCAGACAUCAUCGUGAAAGGCAGUGGAAUGUUUCAUAUACAGACUUUUCAGUUUAGUGUGCAUGUGUGCACAUGUGUGUGUAUUUGUAAAAGAUGACUUUAGAUAAUUUGAUUACAUAACUUUGAUUAUGUCGGCCAGUGUUAAUCAUAAGGAUAAUCUGGGCAAAUUUGGGGAUUAAUGGGCUGGCAGUGUUAAUUACAUUGGCACAUCUGACAAUGAACACAGUAAGAUGUGAACAUUACCAAUAUCUUGUCAUCAGGAUCAUUGUGAGCCUUGGACAGGACCCCGAGUUCCACUCUUUGGUGCUGGUUUUUUUUGUUUUUUUUGUUUUUUUUUGCCAUGUUCCCUUUUUUGUUAAUCAUCAUCAGAUUUAUUUGGGCAAAUGUGAUUAAUAUAAAAUUACAAAUGAUAAUCUUACAUUUAAAUUACAUAGAUUUUCCCUUAAACCCUGUGCAGACUGCACCAAUAAUAAAAAAUUAUAAAACCAUAGUCGAUACCCUUGUAACUUAUUAAUUACCUCAUGAAAAUGCUUCCCCUGUUUUUGAGUUUAUAGAUCCUGUGUACAUUAUGCCCCCUUUGUACUUGUUUCAUCUUAGAAACAUAAUCUAUACUUCUAAUUGCCCAGCAACAAAAUAGUAUUCUCAACAACAUUAUCACUGAUUCAGUGCUGUAAAUCUUUGUAAAUGUGUGAUAAUUUUAUAUGAAAGGUUGGGUUUACAAUAUGGACAGAAACCCAGAGUUAAUGAAUAUAAUCAGCAUUCAAGAUCUGGCAUAAACCAAGUUUAUAGAUGUCACUUUCCUGUUAACAAAAACAAAGGCAAACUGAUUAUCUUCAUUAACAAACACUAUUUAUUGGUCUUUAUUUGGUUCAAUUGUAAACUUUUUUCAUGGUUGUUCAGGUCAAUUUAAAUAAAUAAAAAUUACAGUUUUGUAAGACUGAAUGUUCUUCUGCAUCUUGUAAAGAUCUCAUAAGAAACCAAAGGUAAUCUGCAUUGUAGUAUGCAUUCUUGCAGAUUGUUAAUCUGCAUUAAUAUUAAUAUGCAUUGUUUCCUUGUUCUUUCUACUUUCUCCACAUUAUCUGGUUUGAUAAAAUAAAUGCAUUUGUGUUGAUGUAUAGCCUUGAUUCAUGGUGGGAAACAAAAGUCAGUAUUAAUCCCAUUCACGGGCCUUGUUGCAUGUGCACAAAAUGAGUGAAGAGAUCUCACGGAUCGCUAAACCCAGUUCCGGAAGAGCAUACUGUGCACUGCCAGAACAGAGUCUCACAAUUUUCCCAGUAUUGACAAUAACAAGAAAUGUAGUUGACACUGAAAGCUACUUAGUCAGAUAAAAUACUAUGUAGUCAGGUAAAAUUAGUAAAGUAAA